UCCUGUGUUCAGUCUACAGUCUACAGAGGCAGGCUUUUGUUCAGUGGAGAACAGCCCGUUGAACUGAACAGAGGUUGUUUAAAUACAAGCAAACGAUAUGAUGAAUGUGAAUGGCAGGAUAGUGGCGGGGAUCAGCGUAAUUUGCAUGGUCCUGUGCGGGAUAGCAGCGGGGCAAGAAGAGCCACCGGUCCGCUACGAUGGAUAUCAACUAUGGCGUGUAAUACCGCGGUCAGAUGUGGACUUAGAGGUUUUGACUCUUCUCUGCGAUAAACACAACCUGUCCUUUUGGCUCGAACCAUCAUCUGUUGGUAGACCAGUCGAUGUCAUGGUAUCUCCCUCCUCGGCAGAGAAACUUACAGCUUACUUCAAAAGAUAUUUCUCUUCAUUCGAGGUCUUACAGACGGACAUUCAGAGGGUCAUUACAGAACAGUACAUGGACAGGGCCCGACCCGGUUUGGAAUUUGAAUAUGAACAGUACCAUAACCUUGAUGAGAUCAAUGCUUGGAUGGAUACUAUGGUGAGCAAGCACGCCGAUCUUGCCACCAAAAUAGCGAUUGGUACAUCUUACGAAGGAAGGACGAUAAGUGCGCUAAAGAUCAGCGUUCCCGCCCAGGCAUCACGUUACCAUAGCAACAGAACCAACGCGGGUAAACCCUCCAUCUUCAUCCAAGGGGGAAUACACGCGAGGGAGUGGAUCUCUCCCGCCACUGUAGUUUACAUGACCAAUCAGCUACUGAAGCAGUAUAAAACGAGUGAUGAUGUCAAAAGGAUUCUUACUGCAUUUGAUUGGUAUGUCUUACCGGUCUUCAACGUCGAUGGAUAUGUCUUCACGUGGACUACGAAUCGCAUGUGGCGCAAGACCCGCUCUCCAACUUCCAAUCCCUUGUGUAAGGGAACAGACCCAAACAGGAACUGGGACAAUCAUUGGUGUGAGAAUGGAGCAAGCAGGAAUCCCUGCAGCGAGACAUACUGCGGGAAGAGUGCGUUUUCAGAGGUUGAAGUCGUAGCGGUCUCAAGUUUCCUUUCAUCGGGAAUCAAUUUUGUCGGGUUUAUCGAUUUUCAUAGUUACUCCCAACUCUGGAUGACCCCGUACGGAUACACCUAUUCACUUCCAAAAACGAGCGAUUAUUUCAAACAGAAUACGCAGAGCGAGAAAAGUGUACAAGCCCUCGAAGGCGUGCAUGGAACUCGAUACGAAUAUGGAACCAUUUCUAAUACACUAUACACGGCUUCGGGUGCCUCGGUCGAUUGGACGUACGACGACGCUGGCAUUCUGUACUCGGCCACGGUCGAGCUUCGUGACAUGGGGCAGUACGGCUUUCUCCUCCCCGCUAAUCAGAUCAUCCCGACAGGCGAGGAGACAUUUGCAGGUCUCACGCAGUACGCCCUCUACAUCCUCAAAAACCAGUGAUAUGGGUCUACUUAAUUACGAACCACUGACAGGCAGGGGCGUCGUUAUAGAGAAGGGUGAUCUAGGGUGACGCCUACUUAAAGAAAAAACCUGUUGGCAAAUUUCCAUUUACCACCAAAAAAAGCAUGACCCUUCUCUUCUUUUAUUGUUUGUCUGUUUAUUUGUUUUGUAUUGGUCGUUUGUUCAUUUAU